AUGGCACUUCGCUUACCCCUUCGAACCCGCCCUGCACCGCUCAUCGCAGGACUCACGGUUGGAGCAAUCGGUGUUGCUGUCUGUUCGAAAAUGAUGUUUGGAACAGCUUCGGCGGAAUCUCGUGAAGCGCAGAAGAUUUUCAAGGGGGGUUUUGCGGCGGUUAAGCUGCCGUUGCAUAGUUCGGAGGAUGAGACGCAUGAUACCAAGAGGUUGAGGUUCAAGCUGCCUCAAGAGACUGCUAUUUCUGGACUCCCACUUACUUCUGCUUUGUUGACGUUUACAUGGCCUAAGGGAUCUUGGCUUCCUACGCCAAGACCUUACUCUCCCAUCUCACCCUCUGAUGAACCCGGCUAUGUAGAACUCAUGGUCAAGAAAUAUCCCAACGGCAAAGGAAGCGGCUAUCUCCACUCCCUCAAACCAGGCGACAAGCUCUUCAUCCUCACCACCCUCCCCGACUACAAAUGGAAGCCCAACACCUUCUCGCACAUAACCCUCAUCGCCGGCGGCUGCGGCAUAACACCGAUCUACCAACUCGCCCAAGGAAUUCUCCGCAACCCCGAAGACAAAACUCGCAUGACUCUUGUGUUUGGCGCAAACACGGAUGAGGAUGUGCUGCUGAAGAAGGAGCUCGAUGGUUUUGCGAAGGAGUUUCCGGAGAGGUUUAGUGUCAAGUACACGGUUAGUAGACCGAAGGAGGGGUCGGUUAUGAGGAAGGGGAGGGUUGAUAGGGAGCUUUUGGAGGAGGUUGUGCCGAAGGGGACGGAGAAGGUUUUUGUUUGUGGACCGCCUGCUAUGGAGGAGGCGCUUGUUGGGAAGAGGGGAGGGGGUGUUUUGGGGGAGUUGGGUAUUGAGAAGGGAAAGAUUCAUAAGUUUUAA